AUGCCAGCGCCUCGUCACAUCGCAAGACUCAACAUAUGUCCUCGUUGCUCUCCAUAUUCAGUGCAGGCUGCUGGCACCCGAGUCUUUCACUCUGUUGCUCCCAGGAAUAUCCCACAAGUACCGGGAGAUAAAGAACCUCCAGACAAUAAAACACUUCCAGUCGACAAAAGGAGAGCCGCAGAGAAAGCAGAACAAGGUCCACUGGCACGCCGACUAGAAGAAGCCACAGAAGAGGCCCUUUUGACGGGUGGUUCAGCUGGGCGGCGCGCAAUCGAGGAUGCCGGGUUUUCGGAUGAGCUUAAAGAGAAGCUUUUAGAUAAAAUCGCAGAUGCCAAGUUCAGAAAGCAAUACUCUGGCGCAUUUACCCAAGCAGGCAUUGCAUCGUCAACAAUCGAAAGCGGGCGGCACCGUGGCGGCUCGCAUCCUUGGACAGGGACUGAGACUACUGAAGAUGCAGUCCUCAGAAUGCUAAAUGACUCCAGAAAGCCAUUGAAGCCCGAAGAUCGAGGCAAAUUCCAGCCACCUGUUGUGGACACGCGGAUUCGACGCAGCAUACCACAGUCACCUGGUCAGAGAGCAGCCAGUGCUCGAGAUAAGGCCGGUAUGUAUGUCGGCAUGGAUAUGAAAUCAACAAAAGGCUUGAGCAGUGAAGAGAGGGAAGAAAUGAAGGCAGAACUACGAGAGCGUUUCCAGCCUGCCGCCAGGAGCGUGCCCGUCUCCAUCUCGGGUUUAACUGCAUUAGCAAAUCAGCGCAUCGAGGAUGCAAUCGCCAGGGGCCAGUUCAAAGAUUUGCCUCGCGGCAAAGAGAUGGAACAAGACCCGAGGGCAAAUAAUCCAUUCAUUGAUACCACGGAGUACAUUAUGAACAAAAUGAUACAGCGCCAAGAGAUUGUUCCUCCAUGGAUUGAAAAGCAACAAGAAUUAACGAAAACCGCAAGAAUAUUUCGUGAGCGCCUGAGGAACGAUUGGAAGAGGCAUGCCUCUAGGAUGAUAGCUUCGCGAGGAGGCUCACUCGAGGAGCAGAUGAGCCGAGCAUCAGCGUUUGCGAGCGCUGAGGCGGCCCAUAACCCACGAUUCAAAGCCGUGAGCCAAGGGGUGGUGUCUUCCAGCGCCACCUACGACCCUGUUAUGGUGAAUGGAUUAAAAGAAUUCGCAGGUAGAGAAGAGCAGACUCCGGUAGAGGGCCCAGACAGCUCGGCGGCCGUCAACCUGCUGCAAAGGCCGUUUCGUGAUGCAGCUUGGGUGCAAGCUGAAAUGGCCUAUAUGAACCUAUCAAUCGAAAAUCUUAAUAGCAUGACCAGGAGUUACAAUCUUAUGGCUCCUGAGCUCGCCAAGAAGCCAUACUUCUCACUAGAAAGGGAGCUGAACUCGUGCUAUGCGGAUGUCGCGCCGCUUGUCGCCAACGAGAUUAAGGUACGGGCGGUGGGCCGCACUACAGUCGGCAAGACACCGCAUUCGAGGGUCAAAGAUGAUUCAAAUUUUAUGGAGAAGUUAAUUGGUAAAGAUAGUGUGAAGAUUCACCUGGAGGCGGAUGAAAAGGCUUAUGGCUUGAAGGAAUGGUGGCGAGACUUCUGGCAGAGAAAGUAA